AUGGUUCCAGUUAAAGCAGUACCAGAGAAGACGCGCGAGGAGCCUCGUGUGGAUUCAGGCGCAGCGCUUUCAGAUCCUGCUGCACUUUCUAGUGGAUCAGCGAACAACAAGCUCACGAUGCCCAUCCUUAGAAACACGAAUUGGAACUAUGGUGCUCCGAAAGCUCGCUACCGCAAAAACGAACUACAGCUGCGGCAGCCAAAGGGGUUCCCCAUCAAACCACUCAAGAUCACGCUCGACCGCGCUCGCGAAGAGGCAGAACUUGAGGCAGCGACCAAACGAUAUGCUGACCCUGACUUCGAGAUCUACGAAGACUGGAAGGAAAACGACGAGCUUGAGGAGGAAGACGACUACGAUGGCAAGGUAGAACCCGAGAGCGAGGCAGCAGAUAGCAUCGCAGAGGAUAUUCUAGACGGUUUCGCCUACGGCAGUAUGGAUGGCAACGCAGACGAAAGCGAUGCUUCCACCGAUCUUCCAACUUUCAGAGUCAUCCCUGAGAAGCCUGCUGCGCUUGUUGACAGUCUUGGACGUACUCGCGCAGCUACAAGCCGACGAAAGGCUCAGGAAGUCUCUGACGCUAUCAUAUCGCUAGGAGUCUCACGUGAAGGCAACGGGAAUGCAGCAGUUGACAACAAGAAGCGCAAGCAUACAAACACGCACGUGGCCAAACAACCAAGGAAGACACUGCCGAAGAAGUCCGUCUAA